AGGUACCGUCUCCAUGCUAACGGAAUAAGAAAAGUAUCUGGCUUUUUCGUAAUUUCGUUCAAACAUACGAACAUUUUGGUCAUUCGAAAUUCCAGCGAUCGGAGUGUGCACAAAUUUCAGUUGCAGAGAAAAAGGGCGACAGCGAGAGACUGCUCCGAGGGCGAUAAGGUUUUUGUUUUUUGCUUCAACCAUGAAAGGAAGCAUGAAGGGCCAUGAAGCCAAGAUGCCAAGAAUGGAGGAUAUUCUUAAUCUUCCAGUGCAAGAUCCACCUUCUGCAGAGUUUUCUGCAACCCAUAUAAAGUGGGUGAAAAUAGAAGGUGGUCGUCAAGGUGGUGAUGAUAUUGCUCUUAUACCUUUUGCUAGAGUGGAUGAUUUUGUAAAAGGAGAAUCUUCAAAUGCAGAAUGCCCUGCCAGUUUCCGCAUUGAGUCAAGGAGGAAGAGAUCUGAAGGGAGCAUCAGCAAACCAAGAGUUGAUGGCUAUCUUGAAUAUACAUUAUAUUGGUGUUCAUAUGGUCCUGAAGACUACCGAGAUAGUGAGUCUGGUAUAGGGGAUGUCUCUAACAUCAGACCCGCAACUGGGAAGGGGAGCAGGCCUGGAAGACGCCAUAUGAUGAGAGGUUGCCUUUGCCAUUUUACUGUAAAACGCUUAUACACCCGUCCCUUCCUGGCUCUUAUCAUAUAUAAUCAAAGAAAACAUGUGGAUAAAACAGGGGCUCCUUGCCAUGGGAUACUUGAUCUGGAUGCCGUGGGGACAAGAGCUAUGUAUGCACCAAGGAUUUCAGAAGAAUUGCGCCAGAAAGUAAUGUUUAUGCUUUAUGUUGGAAUAUCUUUGGACAAUAUAGUACAACAUCAUGCUGAAGUGGUGCAGGGGCAUGGUGGCCCACACAACCGUGAUGAUUUUCUCACUCGGAAUGAUGUUCGGAACAUGGAAAGGGUUGUUCGUAAUUCUUCACACAAAUUGCAUGCAAAUGAUGAUUGCAGUGUAAAAAUGUGGGUGCAGCGCCAUCAGAAGUAUGUCUUUUUCCACCAAGAUGAUUCUAAUGCCGAUCCAUUUAUUCUGGGUAUACAAACAGAUUGGCAGUUGCAGCAAAUGCUUCGUUAUGGGAAUGGUGGUUCUGUAGCUUCUCAUUCAACAUUUGGUUUGAAGAAACUUAAGUAUCCCGUGUGUACUUUACUUGUUUUUGACUCAUCUCAAAAUGCAAUUCCGGUUGCUUGGGUAAUUACCUCCUCAUUGGUUAGCCAAGAUAUCCACAAAUGGUUUGGUUCUCUAGCUGAAAAAAUCCAGACCAAGGAUCCCAGAUGGAGGCCUAGUGCCUUUCUAGUUGAUGAUCCUUCCCUUGACAUUUCUGUUAUAAGAGAGGCUUUCCAUUGUCGGGUGCUAUUAUGCACCUGGCGUGUUCGUCGUGCUUGGAUAAGAAGCCUAUUAAAGAAAUGCUGCAACAUUGAUGUACAGCGAGAAAUGUUUAAGCACUUGGGCUGGAUUUUGUAUUCUACAAGGAGUGGGCCAAAUGCUGUGGAUGCCAUUGAAGAGUUCAUGCAAGUAUAUAUUGACCAGAGUGUCUUUAUGGAUUAUUUCAAGAGGAGGUGGUUACCAUAUAUAGAGUUGUGGGUCAACAGCGUGAGGUCUCUACCUGUGGCUGGUACAGAACCCCUGGCUGCAAUUGAAUCCUAUCACAUAAGGUUGAAAUCAAAGCUUUUUGAUGAGCAACAUGCUAAUUCCUGGAUGAGGAUUGACUGGUUAAUCCACACUUUGACCACUGAAUUUCACUCCUCGUAUUGGUUAGAUCAAUACAGUGAAGAAAGUGGGUAUUUUGCAAAUAUAAGGGACAAGUCUUUCUUAACUAAUGCUUGGCAUCAGGCUUUGCACAUUUCUGACAUCGAUGUGAUGUUGGAUGUGCAAAAUCUCCUACUUGCAAAAGUCAUAUCUCAAACUGACAGAAGUCUGGCAUAUACGGUUUGGAAUCCUGGUACCGAAUUCUCCCUAUGUGACUGUCCCUGUUCAAGGCUGGGAAAUCUUUGUAAGCAUGUCAUUAAGGUGGCCAUUUUAUGUAAAAAUCGGCAGGUCGCAAGGCCGUUAUUGGCAGUUCAAGUUUAUAGGCAAGCCUUGCUUACCCUUCUGCAGAAUCCCCCCGAUGAUCCUCUAGUUCUUGACCAUGCAAUUUUGCAUGUAACUCAUUUGCAACACGAUAUCAAAGGCUUGGAAGACUUGUCUAACAAUGGUUUGCUCCAGCCUGUCCCUUCUGAAGUGAACCGUCAAUUGGGGGAGAAUUUGCUUUUUCCACGUUUUCUUUGACUGGGCAUUUGAGAAGGUGAGCAGAUAUCCAUUUUCAGCUUUACCAAUGUUUUAAACAAGACCAGGAAAUUUGGCUCCCUGAUAUGCUGCAAUCAGUCAUUAAUUUGCACCAGUGUGCUUCAAAAAGAUCUCAAGUCCUGCGUGCAUGAAGUUCAGAUUCUUCAGCAGCGGGAUGCAUUGUAUUGGUUUCCAAGAUUUUGAUAUUCCCAGACUGUCGUCUGAUUUUGCUUUAUUCUUAACUGGGCAUGGGAUGGGGAGAAAUGGACGAACAAAUGAAGUUCUAUUAUCUCAAGGUCUGGAAUUCUCCUGAGGUUAAUUUUGAACCUGUUCAGUCAAUUUUGAUUCUUGAUACGUUCAGUCACUGAAUGACCCCUUAUGGGAAUGUAAUAUGGAAGGCUCAUGGUCAGGAUCAACGGCUAAUGGUAUUGUUACUUUUAACGCUAGAUAUUUACUCCGCACUUUGCAAAAGAUGAUAACAAUGUGUGUUUCGCCCCAAGUUGUAGUCGUGGUUUUGCUCAUCAGACAGAAUUUGCAGCAAAGAAAUGCAGGGGAAGAUGCAAGUUCACUUUGAAUCGCACAUGGCAAAGAGGAUUUAAGUUUGUCUAAACGAUGAGCUCUGCUGACACUGAUUGUUGAUCGAGUUUGUGUUCCUCAGCAUCUGCUUCUAUUAGGGUUUGAAAAAGGAUAAACUGAAUUAACACAAGAAAAUACUGAACUAAAUCAAAUUAGAAGAUAAAAUUAAUCAGAAUUGAACCAGUUCAAUUCGAUUUGAUUCGUCAAGGCUUGAGCUUUAGACAUUGUUUAUAUUUAUUUUGGGAAAUGUUUUACGUUUGGCAUUGUUUGGCUUGUUCAAAUUAAGUUGUUGCUUGAUUCGUGCAAUUAAUUAAGCAUUUCAAAGGCA